AUGUUGCUAGUUCUUGUGUUUUUUCAAAUUAUAAGUUUUACUUAUGGAGAGUUUCAUGGUAUGGAAGAGUCCACAAAAUUAUUUCUCAACUGCGAGGAAGUGCAUAAAGAUGACGCACCAAAUUAUGCCAACAAUUUCCAAUGCCUCAUGGAACAUUAUAAUUUAACUGAAACCCUUGAGGAUGUUAUGUGGAAAAUGAAUCAAAUUCAGCAGCUUUUGGAUCAAAUUUCCGAUGAUCAGAAAUAUAAACCUUCGCCCUUUAAAAAUAUAGAUGACAUUUUGGAGGUGCCGAUUGAGAUUUCCCAACAAAAUUGCCAAACAAAGCGACAAAUUCUGCAAGCCAUACGCCGAAAACUGGAAUGGUAUAAUGUGAUGAACGAUAAGAAAACUACGCUUUUUGCCUGGCCCUCGAAUUCCGAUGUACAUAAGGCUGCGAUUUCCAGUCUUUAUUCAAAAACAUAUCUGAGUGGCGAUUACACAAGAGUUUUGAACGGAAUCCGAUGUCUGCUGGCAAAAGCCAUCCGAAAUACAGGUAAUAAAUUAAGCUUUUAA